UCUUAUAUGUCUAUGUUCCUACCGCAUCCUAUAAUUCUAUCACGGCCGUGAUCCUACGGAAUCCUACCUACCCAGAAACGGCAACGCACACAUCACGCAGUCAUUUUAGGUUACAUGCGGCGGACGUAAAAUGUUAUUUUCUAUAAAGAACUCGUGGCUGUUCGUCAUAAUUUUAGUAGUCGGUGUCUUUGGGCAACAGGAAUCGAACACGGAACGAUCGGAAUCGAAAUUCACCGCCGAUCCAGCAUCAGGGGAUGUAAAAUACGAAGAGGAAAACAAAACGGUCGAGGCGAACAUCACGGCAAAUAAUUCAUCGAACUCGAACGUAACUGCGGUCAACUGUCUGACAGACAAAGUCUACGGACCGGUUGAAAUCGUGAAUGCGACCAGAUUGAUGAAAUUAUUGAUACUGGAACCCGGACCAUCCAACAGAAGUAGAACUAAUGACAGGGAAGGCAGAUUGUUACCAGGAACCUGUGUGAUAGUAUUAUUUUAUGCCCGAUGGAGUAUAUUCAGCAGUCAGGCUGCUCCCCACUUUAAUGCAUUGCCAAGAUCGUUUCCACACAUGAAAGCAGUCGCGAUAAAUGCGAUCAAAUACCAAAAUUUCAACGCACAAUAUGGAAUCGUCGGUGUUCCUACGCUGAUGCUUAUUCACAAUGGAAAACCAGUAGCAAAAUUCAACGGCACAGUUUAUACAUUGGAGUUUUUUGCCCGGUUUAUAACGCAAUUUACCAAUUUGCAACCGAAUGGUUCGUUGUACGUUACGUCGUUAGAUUUCGCUGGACCUGUUUCUAGCACGCCUUCCAAUGAAACGGAUUACUGUCUAGUCCUCUCGUGGAUAUUUAUCGCGGCGUGUGCAUUAUACUUUACAUCGCAGAGCAGGUGGUGGCAGCAGUUCGUUGAAUUGAUACAAAACACGUGGCGAGAGAGCAAUGCCCAACACGAGCAUGUCGAUUGAUCAACGAAUGAACGACGAACAUUCUGGUAGGUAUGAGAAACUGUUCCGUUUCGCCGCGUCUAGAUUCGGUACGAGGGAAACAUGAAUGAUGACACGAGUGUAGUCAAGAGCAAAAUGAAUUGAAUCUAUGAAAGGAAUAUUUCCUUGCUGUUAUUCUCAUCGUUAUGCUCCGCUUCGCUAUAUUAUAAGACUACUAUUAAUUUGCGUGUGUGAAUGAACGAAGUAAGUAGGCGAUUAUUAAGUUAGGAAAACAGUGUAAAUAUACUUCGAUAUAAAUGAAUAAACUAUUAUUUAAGAAAAAA